AUGCCUCCCUUUCCCUCACCAACGGAGACGUGGUGGCAGACGAAAGGACAGCCAUCUGGCGAUCCCUCAAGACCCGAAGUCUCCGCCAAAGGCAAGAAUGUGAUCGUGACAGGCGGUGGGACGGGCAUUGGUGCUGAGGUAGCCCGCUACUUCGCCGAAGCUGGCGCUGCUCGUAUCGCUCUGCUCGGUCGUCGAGAGCAGCCGUUGCUCGACACCAAAGCCUCUCUCGAACGAAAGUACGGCACGAACGUCUUCACAGCCUCAGUGGAUGUGGCGAACAAGGAGCAGGUCGACGGAGCCUUCCAGAAGUUCCCCGGGGAGGACAAGGUUCAUGUCGUCGUCAGUAACGCCGCUGUCACCGGCCCAAUGGAUCCCGCGAGAGACGUGGAUGUGAAAGCCUUCGUUCAGACUGUUGCACAGAAUGUGGAGGGCUCCUUGAACGUAGCGCAAGCGUUCGUCAUACACGCCGCUGUGAAUGCAGUCGCCAUUGAGACCAACUCCAAUGCGGCGCACCUUACAUUGCCCGAGAUGCCUGGCUUUGCUGCAUAUAGCACGGCUAAAUUCGCGCCUGGUGUCGUCGACACGGACAUGAAUAGGGCCGCCGGUGGUGUAGAGGCUCUCGGCUUUGAAGACCAUGUGUCGGUGCCUGGGAGCUUCUACCUGUGGCUCGCGUCUCCCGAGGCUCGCUUCUUGCAAGGGAAGUUUCUGUAUGCCAACUGGGGAUAUCGAGGAGCUCAAGGCGAGAGCCACGGAGCUUGA